UUUGGCUCAUCUCUCUACAGAAACAAGACUUUCAAGAAAUGGCGAAAGAGAACAGUAGUCAUCACCACGCAGAAGUAAAGAGAAAAAGACUCAUUUGGAUUCUCUGUGUAAGUGGACUCUGCAUUUUGUUUUAUGUUCUUGGAGCUUGGCAAAUCAACACUGUCCCAUCUUCUUCCUCUGAGGUUUACUCAAGAAUAGGAUGUGAUGAAACAAAGACUCAGACAAAACUUUCUUCUUCUGAUGAUGAUGAGGGACUCCUUUCUUCCACUUUGUCCUCCUCUUCUUCAUCCUCAGAACCAGUUGAGUUAGAUUUCGAAAGCCAUCACAAACUCGAGCUCAAGGUACCGAACCAAACCGUAAAGUAUUUCGAGCCAUGUGACAUGUCUCUUAGCGAGUACACUCCAUGUGAAGAUCGAGAGAGAGGGAGAAGAUUCGAUAGGAACAUGAUGAAAUACAGAGAGAGACAUUGUCCUUCGAAAGAUGAGCUUCUCUAUUGCUUGAUUCCUCCUCCACCAAACUACAAGAUCCCAUUCAAAUGGCCUCAGAGCAGAGACUAUGCUUGGUACGACAACAUCCCACACAAGGAGCUAAGUAUCGAGAAAGCAAUCCAGAAUUGGAUUCAAGUAGAAGGAGAAAAAUUCAGAUUCCCUGGUGGUGGAACAGGGUUUCCUCGUGGAGCUGAUGCUUACAUUGAUGACAUUUCUAGGCUCAUCCCUCUUACUGAUGGAGCCAUUAGAACUGCUAUUGAUACAGGAUGUGGAGUUGCUAGUUUUGGUGCUUACUUGUUGAAGAGGGAUAUCAUUGCUAUGUCUUUUGCACCAAGAGACACUCACGAAGCUCAAGUCCAGUUUGCUUUAGAACGUGGAGUUCCUGCGAUUAUCGGGAUAAUGGGAUCAAUAAGGCUUCCUUAUCCAGCUAGAGCUUUUGAUCUUGCUCACUGUUCUCGUUGUUUGAUUCCUUGGUUUCAAAACGAUGGUUUGUACUUGACCGAAGUGGACCGGGUUUUAAGACCGGGUGGUUAUUGGAUUCUUUCGGGCCCACCGAUUAACUGGAAGAAACACUGGAAAGGCUGGGAAAGAUCCCAAGAGGAUUUGAAGCAAGAGCAAGAUUCAAUAGAAGAUGCAGCAAGAAGUCUUUGUUGGAAGAAAGUCACAGAGAAGGGUGAUUUAUCAAUCUGGCAAAAGCCAAUUAAUCACAUUGAGUGUAAGAAACUCAAACGACGUCAUAAAUCUCCUCCUAUAUGCAAAUCAGAUCAACCCGAUUUUGCUUGGUACAAAGACUUGGAAUCUUGUGUAACACCAUUACCAGAAGCAAAUAGUCCAGAGGAAUUCGCUGGAGGUGCGUUGGAGGAUUGGCCAGACCGAGCAUUUGCGGUUCCACCUAGGAUUAUCCGGGGGACAAUUCCAGAUAUUAACGCUGAGAAAUUCAGAGAAGAUAAUGAGGUGUGGAAGGAGAGAAUAGCAUAUUACACACAGAUAAUGUCUGAGCUUCCACGUGGAAGAUUCAGGAACAUUAUGGACAUGAAUGCAUAUCUUGGAGGAUUUGCAGCGGCAAUGAUGAAAUAUCCAUCUUGGGUUAUGAACGUGGUGCCUAUGGAUGCGGAGAAGCAAACAUUAGGGGCGAUUUACGAGAGGGGAUUUAUAGGGACAUAUCAAGAUUGGUGUGAAGGAUUCUCUACGUAUCCAAGAACUUAUGAUCUUAUUCAUGCUGGUGGAUUGUUCAGCAUUUACGAAAACAGGUGUGAUGUGACGUUGAUACUACUUGAGAUGGAUAGAAUACUAAGACCCGAAGGAACAGUGGUGUUUAGGGACACAGUCGAAAUGUUGACGAAGAUACAAAGCAUAACCAAUGGAAUGAAAUGGACAAGUCGGAUUUUGGAUCAUGAGAAAGGUCCUUUUAUCCCUGAGAAGAUCCUUCUAGCUGUUAAAUCAUAUUGGACCGGUCCUUCUUCUUAAGCUAGUUUCAACCUUUUUUUUGACUCUUUACUCAAAUCUUCUCCAUCCUCUGUUUUCUCAUCUUUGUGUUUGUUUGUUUGUUAAAGAAAUUUUUUUAUCAUUAAUUGUGAAAAUACAAGGGAUUUGGUUUGUCGAAACAAAUUGGAAAGAUACAAGAGAAGACAACAUUUUAGA